AUGUCUACUGAAACGAAGAAGAUACUAGUCCUGCAUACCGCGGACAAUGAGACUUUCGAGAUUGAAGAGGCGGUGGUCCUCCAAUCCCAGACGAUAAAACACAUGGUGGAGGACGAAUGUGCCGACAACGCCAUUCCUUUACCUAAUGUCACCAGUAAGACCCUCUCUAAGGUGCUCGAGUACUGCAAGAAGCACGCAGAGGAUUCCGGCGAGGGCGGCGAGGAGGCUCUCAGGGCAUGGGACGCAGAUUUCGUCAACUUCGACACGGACACACUCUAUGAUGUCAUCAUGGCAGCCAACUAUUUGAACAUCAAGAGCUUGCUGGACCUGACCUGCCAGAGAGUCGCGGACAUGUGCAAGGGAAAGACUCCUGAAGAGAUUCGAAAUACUUUCAACAUCAAGAACGACUUCAGUCCUGAAGAAGAAGAGGCCGUUCGGAGGGAGAACCAAUGGGCCUUUGAGUGA